ACAUACACACACACACCAACAGACCAGAAAGGGAGGAUAAAUUCCCCUGCUAUCCCUCAGUCAAUUUUAAUCUAGACACAGGAAAGAAAGUGAUAAAUGUGAAGGAAAUGUACCUUGAAUGAGUCAGUUUAUCAGCUGAUUCCACCACUCUGGAUUGCUGUGACUUGUUCAACAACUGUAUGACUCUAGUUGUCUCAGGAAAGGAGAUGGUGGGCCUGGCAGUCUCCUCCUCAGCAGCUGUUUCUGCAAUGGAGCUUUUGGUGACGGAGUUGAAUGUGCUGUUGAAGCUGUUGGACCAUGAGACCCUGAGCUGUGCUACAGAAGAGAAGAAAACGGCCGUGAAAAACCUUCUGAGACAACUUCAGCCCUCAGUCACUGGAAAAGACUAUAUGUACAUGAACACCUCAGCAUACAGAAACGGAACCAGCUUUGUCGAAUCUCUUUUUGAUACGUUCGAUUGUGACCUCGGGGACCUGAAAGUUGAAAUAGAGGAUCAAAAGAAAGAGCCAAAGACAAACCACACCGAACACACUGUCUCCAAGCCAAGCACAACGGGCUCGCCACCCCCCCUACCCAACACGCCACCUCCAGAGGAUUACUAUGAAGAGGCCGUGCCACUCAGCCCUGGAAAGAUGCCAGAAUAUAUUACCAGCCGCAGUGAGUCUCGUUGCUGCAGCUCCAGCCCUCCUAAUUCCAUUGAAGAUGGAUAUUACGAAGAUGCUGAGAACAAUUACCCAACAACACAAGUGAACGGACGACGCAAGAACUCCUAUAAUGACUCGGAUGCCUUAAGCAGUUCUUAUGAAUCAUAUGAUGAGGAAGAGGAAGAGAAAGGCCAGCGUUUGACGCACCAGUGGCCCUCAGAGGAGAACUCCAUGGCUCCGGUGAGAGACUGCCAUAUCUGUGCCUUCCUACUAAGGAAGAAGCGCUUCGGCCAGUGGGCCAAACAGCUCACUGUCAUCCGUGAAAACAGACUCCAGUGUUAUAAAAGCUCUAAAGACCAGUCGCCCUACACGGAUAUACCACUUAGCCUGUGCAAUGUCAUCUACGUGCCCAAAGACGGCCGGAGGAAGAAGCACGAGCUCCGAUUCUCUCUUCCCGGUGGAGAGGUGCUGGUGUUGGCCGUGCAGAGCAAGGAACAGGCCGAGAAAUGGCUCCAAGUGGUGCGUGACGUUACAGGCCAGGGGAAUGGGUUGGACAGCCCAUCAUCUCCCAUGAUUCCUAGGAAGACUGAAGUGGAUAAGUGGUGUUCUGCUGAGAAGCAAACCUCAGAUUCUGACAGUGUGCCAAGUGGAGAAAGUGCUCGUGAUGGCCGGGAAAAUGGUAAACCCAAGCGAGGUGCACUGUCCGAGCUAACGGGCACCGUAAGCCGAGCUGCAGGAAGAAAGAUCACAAGAAUUAUCAGUUUCUCCAAAAGAAAGCCUCCGUUGCCAGGAGACUCCCGCAUGUGUCUCCACCAGGAUCCCCGGUGUGGUUAUGUGGGAGUGUUGUUGAAUCAGUGCUGGAGGGAACACUGGUGUCGUGUGCGGGCUGGAUCUCUUUACCUUUACCACGAGAAAGGAGAACAGCGAGUCCCCCACACCACUGUGGCUCUGAAGGGCUGUGAGGUUGUCCCAGGCCUCGGGCCCAAACACCCCUUUGCCCUGAGGAUACUGAAAGGAGGUGCAGAGCUAGCAGCUUUAGAGGUAGCGAGUUGUUCGGAGGACAUGGGCCGCUGGCUGGGAGUCCUGUUGGCAGAAACCGGUUCCUCUGCUGACCCCGAGUCCCUACAUUAUGACUAUGUAGAUGUGGAAACUAUCGCCAACAUCCGCACGGCGGCCCGUCACUCUUUCCUAUGGGCAACCUCCACAGAUUCACGCACCUAUGAUGAGGUCCCUUUUGAAGCCAUAGAGCAGGAAAAUGAGAGGUUGAGGGGAGGAGCACAAACGAAGCGUCGUUCUUCUUUCUCCAGCAGUGACACAGGAAAGCCCAGUUCACAAAUCACCCUAAAGCGCCACGGCUCCAACGCAAAUCAAUACGGGAGGUAUGGGAAAACGCGGGCACAGGAGGACGCACGCCGCUACUUGAAAGAAAAAGAAGACCUGGAGACAGAAAUAGGCAGUAUCAGAAGUGCACUAGUCUCACUGCGAAAGAAGAAACGAGAGGCAAAGGAGAAGAUGAAGGGUGCAACGGAUAAGCAGAGAUUGGCUUUAGAGGAGCGUGUCGCCCAGUUGGAGGACAGCUGCCGGGUGAAAGAGGGUGAGCGUGUGGAUCUAGAGCUCAAGCUCACGCAGGUGAAGGAGAACCUAAAGAAAUCUCUGGCUGGUGGAGAAAUGGAGACGCCUACAGAGUCUAAACCUACAAGCAAGACUCAAAGGACGGAGACUCAGUAUAUUGAGUCAUUUGUCCCUGUCAACUGCGCAUCUGAAAUGCGUAAGCGACCUCCCUCCAUCUAUGCAUCUACAAAGGGAAAUGUUAUGCAGAAAGCCAAGGAAUGGGAAUCGAAGAAGUGUACUUAGGGAAACUGCUGAUCAGGAAGACCUAGACUUUGUGCCAUUUCAAGAUUAAUAAGAGGACUUCCACCAACACAGACUGCUGUAUGCAACUCUAUUGACUACGGUGGCUGCCACUUUUGUAACUUUACAGUGAAGUUAGAAUGACAAAGCACCAGCUCUAUUACAAUACUUUGCAGCCAAAUGAUGUCCUUUUCAGGUGUCUUGUGAAGUUCCAUGUUGCAAACACAAAAUGACACAAAACAUGUUGAAGGAUUGAGAGGGAAUGAGAAAAUAAGUUUGCCAGUUGAAAGUGUAAGAAAGAGUUGUGGUUAAGUUGUAAAGGAAGCAGAGGAUAAGAAUGCAUGUGAGACAAUCCACUCUAAAGUCUUGAAUUUUAAAACUGUUUAUUUUAAAAGAGGCAUGGUAACUGAUUUGUACAGUUUUUUUUUUUUUUUUUAACUCAAUUGCUUAUACUUCUGGGGUAAUACCAGCUCUUAACCAAGUGGUGCUAAUAACAAUGUAUAUAUGAAAAUUGUAAAUAUUUUUAACAUUCCUUUUUUUAAUUUAGCUUCAUAGUAUCUAACUGAUACUCCAGUUUGUAACCUUUUGUUUCCCCCCCAAUUUCUUUACCACCUUUUAAUGUGAGUAACAUUUGCACUUUAAAUGUCUCUAGACAUGGAGAUGGGAAUAUUCUUUUAAUAAAGACAAAAAUGUAACUUUGCUCCUUUGUCACAGUUAUAGACUUGCAAGGGAAUUCAGAACAAACCAGCCAAAAGAAGGGAACGCAAUAUAUGGGUUUCUAAAUACAGGGCAUUGAACAGCCACCCACUAACGUAUAAAAAUAAUUUUAUGUGUGGAUAUAUAUGGUAACACGUACAUUAUCAAAAGUUGUAUCUGUAAAUAUUAAUGCACUGUAAACAUGAACAUUUUAACAGAUUAAUGGUCGCUUUAAAAUAUACUGCUCAUUGUUAGUUCAUGUUAACUAAUGCAUGAAUGUUAAAGGAGACCUCAUUGUAAAGGGUUACCACUAUACACACCUAUUCCACCUGUGUUUGUAGGACCUGGAAAAAAAUCCAGGAAUUCAUUAACCGCUAUUGCAGAACCUUCCAUUUCCUUACUUAGAUUUACCACCCACCCCCCCGUACACACGUAAAUUUCAUUUAUUAAACAUUUUAACUGGCAAACACCUUUACUGAGAUUAACGUCGAUCGAGAAAAAGUCCUCAAGCUUUGACAAUUUCAAAAAACAAAACCUUUAGAUUCUGAUUAAAAGGAUGCCAUUAAACAUUUUUAUAAAAAGUUUAUUAACAGUUAAAAACAAACAAUUCUGAAAUGUACAAGGUUCACAAAAAAAAAAAAAAAAAAAAAAAAAAUUAAAA